UUGUGACUUGGCGGAGUUGUGUUGUAUUGUUGCAGAAGGUUAAAUUGUCUGCCCACGCUGACCAGCCGGACAUUUGAUCCAGCGCCAGAGCAGCAGCGCGCCUUUGUGCCGGAACUUGGGGCGUAGCUGGUGCGUGCCUCUGCCCCACGAGCAGCUGCGGGCGCAGGGUGAAACGUGUCCUAUCGGAACUGCCGUUCCCCUUCACGCCGUCUGUCCGAUUGGUGGAUCUUGUGGCAUCGAGUGACCUUGAGCCGGAAACGGAACGACCCUUGCUGUGCUGCAUAUUAUAAAUAGUGGUAAGCGGGCUGCGCCACCUCAUCAGUAUCACGGCCCACCUCACGGAGCUCAAGGUGCUGGAGCAGUGCCGGGCAGCUGGCUGCCAACAUGUUGACUUAUCGCGCUUGGUUGCUGUUAGCGCUGCUGGGCGCCCAGUGCGCGCUGAUACUGGGCGCGCCCGCUACCGGCCACGGUUACGACACAAAGAGCUUCGCCCAGGCCUACCUGGAGUGUCUGCGGUACCUGAACAUCUCGCGCCAAUCGCUGUACGCGUACGACAGUGCGGCCGUCCCGCUGAACUGCGGCAGCAACUGUCUGCUGCGCUGCAUCGGCCUGAACGCCCGCUGGUGGCACGACGAGACCGGGCUGAGCGAGCGGGCGCUGGUGCGCUUCUUCCGCCAGGCGCCGGCCGACUCGCUGCUGCAGGCCCGCGCCUGCGUGGCCGAGCUGCCCGCCCCGCCGGCCGACAGCUGUGCCGGCGCGUACUGGUCGUUCCGGUGCUACAGCGACGCGCUGGGCGAGCUGAUUGCCCACCCGGCGUAUGUGGCACCGUGCGGGCAGGAGAUACGGCGCGCGGUGAGCGACUGUGCCACGAUGCUGCAGGUGGAGGACGGCCAGCUGCAGACGUGCGUGAGGACGGAAACCUUCCUACGGCAGGGCAACGGUGCCGCGCUGCUGCGGUGCGUCGUGCUGCGGCUCGGGCUGUACGCUGACUCGACCGGGGUGCUGUGUGACCGGGUGCGGCUGCUGAUGGACGCGGACACGGCCGAACAGUGGACGGUGGCACGUGCGGAGGAAGCCAAGCGGUGUGAGGAGGACUUGCGGGCGCUCGGUGCGGACACGUGCGUCGUGGCGGCCCACGCCGUCGAGCUCUGCUACGGGUGGCCGGCGUUUGGCGAACUCUGGGAAGUGCUCAAGCAGGAGUACGGCAGCUCGGAUGACGCGCUGGCAGAGGAGAGCGAGCAGGUGGUGGUUGUUGGUGCGAGCAGCAGCACGGAGGAACCGCAGGAAGCCGAACCCAACGAGAUUACCGCUGCCGAGGAAGACGCGGAGGUGUUUAAGUAUCCAUCCAGCCCCCGGUUCCGUGGAUUAGUGAUCGUAGCGCCGGAGCUGUACGCCGUGGAUGCGACCGUUGAAGAUGGGUCGAAAUCGUCAGAAGGCUCGUCCUCGCAGGAUGAGGAAGAGCAGCUGCCUAAAGAUGUUAAACCGACCCAACUGGAGCUGGCAGACGGGCAGGAGCCGGUGACGACUACAAACGGCAAUACUGUGAAGCAAUCGGCAGCCUCUACGGAACCGUUGGAGAAGGAACCGAAAGCAACCCAUACUGUUCAGGCACGUUCGGUGUCUCAACACCAGCUGGAUGGGGCUCUACGUAAGUGCACAAGUGUUCCUGCGUUCUUCCAAAUGUGA